AUGGCACCCGCGAAGAAGGCUGCACCGCCUGACCCGCGGCAGCAGUCGCUCCUCACGCUCUUCUCAAAGCAGCCCAAGUCGAUCCCUCAGGCCUCGUCUGGCCCUCCUCCUCCUCCCAACCCGAACUCGUCGACCUCUACGCCGGCCGGCUCGCUUUCAACGUCUGCCAAGUCGAUCAAGGAGUCCGUCAAGUCUGCAGGCACGGCGAUCGCGUCGGCAGUCCAGAAGGGCAAGCAGGAGGUCGUCGCUGUCGCAAAGAAGGUCACCGACAAAGUCAAGCAAGACGUCGCUCCCCCUGCUCCGAAGCCCAUCUCCACCGAAGGAUGGAAGUCCAAGCCGUCCAUCGUCAAGGCUUUGGACGCGUGCAAGAGCGAGGCGGACCUCGUCGACUACUACGUCAAGAUUCACUCGUCCGACCCGAAUGCGCCUAAGUACACCAUUCCCGACGAGGACAUGGUGCUCAAGCCGCUCAAGGACUGCGGCGGUGUUUCCUUCGAGUCGAAGCUUCGCCAGCCAGACGACCUCUCCCCUUCGCGCGUCCCGUCCGACCCGUCCGACCGCCUCGCACUCUUCACCACAAUCUUCGAGAGUACGGCACAGGACGUCUCGGACCGGUCGAACCACCCCGAAUUCGACCAAGGACACCAGCGUGGCCUGCACCCACUCUUCGGACACCUUCCCUCGCGCCAAGUCCUGGUCAAGUCGUGCUACAGCAUGAUUGACUCGCUCGGAUCGACUGCUGCGCACGCCACUCGCGGCGUGUUGCUCUCGCUCCACUUCGGGGAGAUGCCCGCCAAGGUCGACGUCGAAAACCUCAUCGCCGUUCCGAAGCAAGGAAAGAACGGAGGCGCCUACGGCGCGAUGGGCACGUCCUUCAUUGAGAUCGGCCACGCGCUUGCGUCUUAUUGCGGCAUAUCGACGACGGCUGGCCAGGGCCAGCAAGGCGGACUCGCUUACAGGAUCUGGCAGGGGCACUUCGGAGGAAAGCGCCUCAAGGAGGACAAGUACUUCUACAGAAUCGCCUUCGACCCGACGCUGAAGGACAAGCACGACCCCAAGUUCAACGGCGACUGGAUUGCGUUCGUCAUCGGCGCGGCGACGCGCUCUCUCAACCUCCCCUCGCCCUUCAUCGUCCUCCUCACGAUCGCCUUCGAGGGCAUCGUCAUCAAGAUGUCCUUCUCGCCUUCCUUCGAACUCGGCAACGGCUCCGAGGGCGAGAUGCCGGCCAAGGUCAAGAACUGGGAGGCUGAGAACGAUCGUCUCGACGACUACAAGCAGGACAAGCGCGACGAGGCCGUUCACCCACUCAACCGCGCGUUUGGGUGCGAAGCAUCCGCUUACGGUCACGGGUCGGCGAGUCCGAACUACUCGGAGCAGGACAGGCUGCGUGCGGCUCAGAAGAACCUGCAGACCUGCGAAGAGAUCGGGUAUGACAAGGCGCACGGGCUGAAGGAGUUUGAGGCGGGGUUGACGAUGGAGGACAAGUCUGUGCUUACAACGGAGCGCAUGGCUAAGGCUGCCGAGAAAGACCCCAACACGAAGCUGGGUGGUGUCGUGCACGACCUGCUUGACGGAACCCGCAUCAUCCGGGCUACGGACAAAAAGGGGAAGAAGGUGCACCUGCGGAUCUAUAACCCGGCCAAUAUCGUCCUCGUCGACUCUCUCGGCUCCAAGAUCAAGAAGGGCGUCGCCUAUCGAAUCCAUGUCGGCUUCGACGACGAGAACGACCCGCACAACACUUGGGUCACGAAGCUGACACCUCUCAAGCCCCGCGACGGCCUCAACUCCGCGACGGCCGACAACCGCGAGGGACGCAACCUCACCAAGGAGCGCGAUAUGGCGGAGAGGGAAGCGGAGAGGAAGAAGACGGGCAAGGAGGCGGGGACGAGGAAGGAGGAUGGGUCCUACAUCUCGUCGCGCAAGUUCGCCAACGCGGACUACAUCGACGACGACGACGAGGACGCCAUCACGAUCCGCGCCGACGACAAGAAGACGCACAAAGCGUUUGACUCGACCGAGCCUCUCGUCGACCUCGUCAAGCUCAUCCAGGACCGUCUCGAGGACGAGAAGUCUUUUGACAACUCGUACAGCCGUAAGCGCGCCAACAAGCAGCGCGACAAGGCAAAGAAGCGCGCGGCAAAGCAGGCUACGAGUGCUGCUCGUGCUGCUGGCGGCGAGGACGAGAGCGAGUCGGAGAAGGAGUCGACCUCGCCGGAGGAUGAGGACGACUCGAGCGUCUCGGCCGCUUCUUCCGCCGCCCUCUCGAUGAACAAGCCGGUCAAGAUCAAGGACUACUCGUCCGCGCUCGCCUCGUCCUCGCCCAGCGCGCUUGGCUCGAUCCAGUCGGGCACCUCUCCCGCUUUCGUCGCUUCCUCGUCCGGCGCGUCGACGUCCAAGCUUGUCCAGGUCAACAAGGACUCGCUCAAGGUCGAACCCACCUCCCGCAAGACGCUUGCCUCAAUCCAAGCCGAGCCUGUCUCGUACAACGUCUCGCCCUCGACCUCCGGCACGACGUCGAACCCCCCUUCGACGGACUGGUCCACCUCGACGAACCCUUACGCAGUCUGGGCUCGUGAGAGGCAGGCCGCUCGCGACAAGCAGGUGUCGGCUCCCUCGACUACCUCGGCAGAGGCCAGCAGCUCGCGCAAGAUCGUCGAGAUCGACUCGGACGACGACGUCUCGAUGCGCUCGAGUCGCCCGCUCUCGCACGCCUCUGGCAUCUACGCAGAGCAGCCCUCGCAGGACGAGGAGGACAACGUCGAGCUCGAGGAGGACGCCCGCUCGACCGACUUCGAGGACGACAGGAUGUCCAUCUCGAGCCGCGACUCGCGCAUGAGCGGUCUCUCCUUCGCCUCGCGCCGCAGCACCAGCAGCAAGAUGUCGGGCGUCGAGAUGCUCGACAACAUCGCUUCGGGCAAGAAGAACGGGAAAAAGGGGAUGGGUUGGACUUCGGGGGGCUUCUACGACGACUAG